UUUCAGAAGUGAGAAUAUAUUGCAGCUUUCAGUUAAGCCUGUAGGCAAGCAGACCGACAGACCUGGUAAACCACAGAAACUGACCUGUUGAGAAACGUGACACAAAUACUGGGAAAAUCCUGCUCUUCCAUGCGAAGGGUAGGACAAUGUCGCACAUUAAAAACUCUUACUCCUUUGAUGCUCCCUCGUACUUCAUUAAUUUUGCAUCCUUGGAUUAUGAGGAAGACGCAGAAAACAUAGAUGCGUGGUUUGAGGAGAAGGCCAAUAUGUUCCUUGGGAAAAAUGGGUCAGGAGAGAUGGUGCCGAGCAAAACUCCCUUGAGGAAAGCAAAUCUUCAGCAAGCCAGUCACAUACCUUUGCAACCAGUUCAGAACAUUUACUACAAAGAGGCAGAAAACAUAAAUCUUAUGGAACAUUCUAAUUCAUCAGAUGCUUGUUGCACUCUGAAAGUUGAAGGAGUCAAAUCAAGAGAUACUCCAGCCCAGCCACAGCGGAUAUCUCUUAGAGUCCUGGCUCAGAAAGAUUUGAAGAGGAAAGAAAAACACCCUGUUCCCAAGAAAGCAAAGAGAUGUGCCACUUCUGUAAUCAGUGAAGUUCCACCUUACAAAAAAAUGAAAGUGUGCACAUUCAAAGCACCAGCAGUAGAUCCCAGAAUUGAAGGUGGGCCUGUCUUGCUGAAGAGACCACCUGUGAAACCACCCACCCAGCCUCUUGGCAUUGAUUCGGAUAUUGAGAAAAUCAUCCAGGAGCAGGGGUCAGAGAAGAAAUCGGAAGAUGAACACUUUGAAUUUCAGGCCAGACCUUGCCUGCCUGAGGCUUCGGGAGGAGCUGUGGAUAUUCCUGAAAAGAAAGUCCUUCCACUCACCGUCCCCAAGGCUCCAGGCUUUGCACGGAGGAAAAGGAGGAAAAGGAGGAACAGAAUCCACUUGCCCACCAAAGCAGAUGAGGAAGAGGAUGAAGCAGCAGUGAUGAGAGCUCGAUCUGUGCCACAUUAUGGGGUGCCUUUUAAGCCCCGAAUCCCUGAAGCAAGAACUGUAGAAAUACACCCUUUCUCCUUUGAUUGUCGGGACAAAGAACGCCAGUUACAGAAGGAGCAGAAAAUAAGAGAGUUGCAGAAAGGGGAGGUACCCAAGUUUAAGGCCCGUCCCAUACCUCAUUUUGAUUGCAUUAACCUGCCAGAGAAGAAGAUAAAGAAUGUGACCCAAGUUGAGCCGUUUGACUUGGAGACUGACAAGAUCGGUGCUAAGAGGGCUCAGGCAUGGAAGCUCCAGCUGGAGGAAGAACUGAGACAGCAGAAAGCAGCAGCUUGCUUCAAGGCUCGUCCAAACACGGUCACCUCCCAAGAGCCCUUUGUUCCCAAGAAAGAAAAAAAAUCAGUUUCUGUUCAGGAACCUUUCCAGUUGGCCACUGAGAAGAGAGCCAAGGAGCGACAGGAGUGGGAAAAAAGAAUGGCAGAGUUGGAAGCCCAGAGAGCUCAGCGGCUGGAGGAGGCCAGGAAGCAGGAAGAGGAACAGAAGAAGGAGGAGCUGGCCAGGCUCCGGAAAGAGCUGGUAAUGGGGCAGCACAAGCACUGA